AUGUUGUACAAGACUACGCGCCCUCUCGCUGCGCCGCCUGACGCCAAAUCGAUACAAACAACAUCGGUUCCCGCCGCCGAAUUCCCCAACUGGCUGGCGAGACAACGUGCGACCAUCAAUUGGCCGCGCCACAAGAGCAAGAGCUACAAGAGCAAAGCCUGCAUCGCAGUUGCACCCAAUCAACCGUCGAGUAGGUCUCCAUCGCGUUCGCACUCAUGACAGUCAAACAGCGCGUUGCUCUCGAUGCCAUGCUGACUGUUUUGUUGACUGUCCUUCUACCGCUGCUCCUCCCCACACAGAUCCGGCACUCGUCUGAAAGGUCAACAUCGCAGAAUGAUGUUGGAACAACACAUCUGCAGUUGGGCCGUGGGUUAAGGUAAGCGACGAUCCCUCCGGUCCGGCGCGCUAGCCUCGAGAUACUUCCCUUCGCUCAUACCUGUUUAUUCGAUGGUUCACAGGUUACAUGCCACGCGCUUGCCACCACCAACUACAUCGAGUCUUGGCAUAAGAUCUUGAAGUUUCGCUACAUCGGCCGCGAGCAGCGACAGCAGACGGAUCAGCUCAUACAUAACCUCACAAUGACCGCCGAGCCAACAUACCGCUAA